AAGAGUUUAAUGUUCUGAACACCAUGGAGUUUCCCUGUCAAGGGCCCAUAUAUAAUCUCGGCAGCACUCGAUAGUUUCCUUCUACAUUCUCACCCGUCUUUGCUGCCUGACAUGCUCCUACGACCUUGGUUUCAUAGUUCUGACAGUGCUCCAAAAUGUGCACCCUCUUCAGAGGGAGUUUACUUUGCCCGAGUUUGUUGGUGUUAUGGAAGCCACUAGUGACCAGUCUUUAUGUUUUAUGCUUUCGUGCUAGCAAGUCAUUUAGGUUCUUCUGGAGCAGUACAAGUUUUUGUUGAUCUCUGCUCGGAUGCCCUCGUGAUUUUAUAUUUUUACCAUGUCAGGAUGUUGUGAUGUACUGUUCUCCACCAUGCAGAUUUCUUGACUUAGCAUUUGCAUUUGAGUACACUGCUAUUUGAUUCCGGAAGGAAGAAAAUUCCGGGGUGUUAAUGUUACCGUGUCCACGAAACAUUGUACCUGACUGAGGCUUGAACAUGAAGGUCGUCAUUGAGAGGCUGCCAAAUGGGUUCAAUUCCUACUUAUUGUUCUUAUCAGACAAACAGUGUUGGUUCACUGAAACUAUCACCUCACAUCCAAUUACAACAAUCUUGUAACAAUGGAGUUAUGUUAUUAUCCAUGCGGAAUAAGACACAGCUGGCCAAAAGAAGAGCCACAAAUUAUGGAACUCAUCGUAAUUCUAGUCGGACUCCGGCACCUAUCGUAUGUUCAACUGGAAUGCCCAUAAUUUUCGUUGCCACUGAAGUGCACCCAUGGUGCAAAACUGGAGGCCUUGGUGAUGUUGUAGGAGGAUUGCCCCCAGCUCUGGCUGCAAUGGGACACCGGGUUAUGACGAUAGCUCCUCGCUAUGAUCAGUACAAGGAUACAUGGGAUACAAAUGUUCUUGUUGAGGUGAUUGUUGGUGACAGAACAGAAACAGUGCGCUUUUUUCACUGCUACAAAAGGGGAGUUGAUCAUGUUUUUGUUGAUCAUCCUAUGUUUCUUGAGAAGGUAUGGGGCAAAACUGGAUCAAAAUUGUAUGGGCCUACUACUGGAACAGACUUCCGAGAUAACCAGUUACGGUUCUGCCUUUUGUGCCUUGCUGCAUUGGAGGCUCCGAGGGUUCUUAAUCUCAACAAUUCUGAAUACUUCUCUGGACCAUAUGGAGAAAAUGUUGUCUUUGUUGCAAAUGACUGGCACACUGCAGUUUUGCCAUGCUAUUUGAAGAGCAUGUAUAAGCAAAAUGGAAUUUAUGAGAAUGCCAAGGUUGCUUUCUGCAUUCACAAUAUCGCCUAUCAGGGCAGAUUUCCCAGAGCGGACUUCGAACUUCUUAAUUUACCUGAAAGUUUCGUGCCUUCAUUUGAUUUUGUUGAUGGGCAUGUUAAGCCAGUAGUUGGGAGAAAGAUUAACUGGAUGAAGGCAGGGAUCAGUGAGUGUGAUGUGGUCCUUACAGUUAGUCCACAUUAUGUUAAAGAACUCACUUCUGGUCCAGAGAAAGGUGUUGAGUUGGAUGGUGUCCUUCGUGCAAAGCCUCUUGAAACUGGAAUUGUAAAUGGAAUGGAUGUUGUUGAUUGGAAUCCGGCAACAGAUAAGUACAUCAGUGUCAAAUACAAUGCAACUACGGUGGCAGAAGCAAGAGCUCUCAAUAAAGAAAUACUGCAAGCUGAAGUUGGAUUGCCGGUGGACUCUAGCAUACCUGUUAUAGUUUUCAUUGGUCGUCUUGAAGAACAGAAAGGGUCAGACAUACUAAUUGCAGCCAUUCCGGAGUUUGUCGAGGAGAAUGUUCAGAUAAUUGUUCUCGGCACAGGGAAGAAGAAAAUGGAGGAGGAACUGAUGCUGCUAGAAGCGGAGUACCCACAGAAUGCCAGAGGCAUAGCAAAAUUCAAUGUCCCGUUGGCGCACAUGAUGUUCGCCGGGGCUGAUUUCAUAAUUGUUCCAAGUAGGUUCGAGCCAUGUGGCCUCAUCCAAUUGCAAGGGAUGAGAUAUGGAGUGAUUCCUAUCUGUUCAUCCACCGGAGGACUUGUUGACACGGUGAGGGAGGGUGUUACCGGAUUCCACAUGGGUUCGUUCAAUGUAGAGUUUGAAACCGUCGAUCCAGCAGAUGUCGCGGCAGUCGCUUCGAAUGUCACGCGAGCUCUGAAACAGUACAAAACACUGUCGUUCCACGCAAUGGUUCAGAAUUGCAUGGCGCAGGACCUAUCAUGGAAGGGACCGGCAAAGAAGUGGGAGGAGGCUCUUCUUGGGCUAGGAGUCGAGGGAAGUCAGCCGGGCAUCGAGGGCGAGGAGAUCGCUCCAGUUGCAAAACAGAAUGUGGCCACUCCCUGAAAUCUCCAAAUAUUAGGGAGAGUGUUCUAAGAUUCGACAAAAUAAUGAGGUUCCUAAAGAUGAAGCUGUAUUCAUCUAGGCUUUGCAAUUUCUCUACUACUCCAUGUGCAACAAAAUACCUGAAUUUCAACAAGACAAGUAUGCAUCCUUAUGUA